AUGCCCACCUCGUCGUGGGAGGGCCGAUGCAUCGUCCGGCAGAACACUUUCCUCCGCGUGCUCGAGGACGAGGAGCUCGAGCUCAUGUCGGUGGGUUGGAACAGACUCUCCUCUUGGCCUACAGGCGACACCUCCCAGCCCAGGGAUGACGUGGAGAGCCAGGCCGAGCCGGGUGCCGGUUUGCCGGAAGCGGGCGAUUGCAGCGACUGCAAUCCAUGCGUCUUCUUCGCGAGCGCCAAGGGCUGCGUGCACGGCGUGACCUGCCGAUUUUGCCACGCCCACCCCGCGAAGAGGGAUGGUCCCGCAAAGCGUGCACGGAAGGACACGCGUGACAAGCUCAAGGCCCGGGUGCUACGGCUCAUCGGAAGCCGUGAGGAGAUGCAGUCACAGGAGGGGCAGGACGAGCUUCAGCGCAUGGCCAAGCACAACCCCUUCGUGCGCGCCUUCAUCCUCGGUUGCCUCGACGGCGCCGUCCCCACCGCUCAGGCCGAGAUCCCCGCCGAAGAUCGAGCUCGCAUCCUCCAGCCUGGGCCCAUCCUACGCCUCAGCUGA